UUUUAAACCUACGCCAGCGGGUAGCCACAUCUCCCACUUAUUUGUGCUAUUUCCACCUCGAGGGCUUCCAAGUUCUCCCUGAAGUAGCUGGGGCAUAGUUUCAUUACCAUACACUUUCGCUUGAGCCUCGUGACCCUUUGUAGAUUAUGUUUGUUGUGCUUGUUCUCGCCAUAGAAGAGCCCGUCGACGGUGAUCUCAAGCAGUAUAGCGACCUUCGCGCGGACGAGAACCUCUCUUGGCUUUUUGGUAAAUUCAACCUCGAGCCAGGAGUCCACAGGGUGAGGGAAUGUUUCGAAAGCCAUUUUGUUUGGGGUCCUUUAACUGGGGAUCUAGGGGAACUGGCGAAGCUCAACGGCGACGGCGUAGCCCAAGGGACUGAGAUUCCCAUGAUAAAGUUUGCUCGAGGCAUGCCCCUACGCGGGCAGAAACCGGGUGUCGAAACGUAUUGCAGCAUGAGCCAAUUGGAGCGCUUCGACUGGGAGCCGAAUAGCGGCGACUGGCAAAUUGAAGUAUCCCCUCGUGGCAGAGACGGAGAAGAAGCGGACCCGGAGUGUCGACGAGACGAACAAGAUGCUAGACGAGAUGCUUCAAGAUCGAGUAGAGACGGGACAACUUGUCCCGGACAAGUGGUCCGGGGCAAGCGGAGGAGUGUACGACUGGCAAGUGGGCAGAAACUGGAUUCCUUGCCAGCACCAGUUCACAACCCGGACCCGUUGCGCCAGAGCCCGACGCCAGGGCCAGUGGAGGAGACCAAAGCUGUACCGACAGAGGGAUAA